UCCAACUCCAAUUCAAGCUCACCUUUUUCAGCUUCUCUCACUGGUUGACUACCAUGCACAGUGGCUGAUCCUCAAAAGUCGGAGUUCAUGAUGGAGGGUAGGGCUCCCAGCCCUCUGCAACCCAGCCUUCUGAAAUAAUCACGCAUGCACGCCGCAGCUUACCAGCCUUCUCCAGUGGCCAGGAUAGCAAGCCCGAUGAUGAUGUUCGAGGCACCUGCCGAUGUCUAUCCGCUCUCCCCACUGGAUGCAGCUCACCGAAACUUCCUGGAUGUGCCGUCGAGAUGAAUUUCAGGUGGCGGGGAAAGGAUAAAAGGUGCCCGCCCCGUGUUUUAAUUCCUCCCUGGAACCCCAAGGCACACAAACCCUGGAUGACACCUGUAUUGUGCUUCAAGGCAUAUACACUUUGUUUCUUGAGUCACUUGAGCGAGAUUCGUCGUUGUCGUUUUGUCCAUAUAAGAGUCCCAUGGAGGAGAUGGAAUUGUCACCGACUCCACCACUACCUAUCCGCCAUCCGAGCCACCACUUACACCCGCACAACCAUCCGCUUCCCCCAAUUCCAGAGUCACCGUCUACAAUAAGACUUGUACCGCCGCCACUUUUCAGCAGACGAACUUACCAUGGGAGGGAAGCAAUCCAUGUUGCCGUUCUGGAGAUACCAAAUCUAAGCCUUUCGUCGAACACCAGCUCUUCUCUAUCGCCAAGCUCUCCCCGAUCCUCAAUAUCGUGGACAUCAUAUUCCCCGCCAACAUCUGCGCCAGGCUCACCUACAACACGGGCAAGAUCGUUGUCCUAUCCUUCAUCACCACCUUCCAUAUACGCGGCGACAGUCUGGGACGCAAUACCUCAUCAUUCUCUUCGACGGAAGCCGUCGCCAAAACGUGAAAGUCUACGUGCGAUAAGAGCGAAAGAGUCAGAUGCAUGCUUGAAGCGCAUCUAUGAGCGGCAGACUUCAGCGUACCUCGAUGGCACGAUGUUUGUGUCACCCAAAGCAGACCGGACCUCAGAUUGGAAUUGAGAAAUUGAGAUUUUAUUCGACACUUCAUUUCCCUAGGAAUUGGAAUUAGGCUUUCAUUCAGUAUCCGACGGCAAGCCUGUCCGAAGCAGGAUGGCGCCAGCUAAUGCUGGCUCGCUCGCUCUAGAUAGCCCUCCAACCCGGUGCAGAAGAACGGGAUAGAACCCGAGGGGUUGGAGGUUUUGCAAGGUGUACCAGGCCCAAUCCACGAACCACUUUUUUAAAAGCCCGCUCGCUGAAGUGGAGAUUCGAGCUCUUGGGUCUAUCUUUUUCUGGGCUUCAUCCCGGUGUCCAAAUUCGCAUAUAAGACAGGCGUUACAUCACUGGUUCACGAUUGAACGGACGGCGAGGAUUCAGGAUGGAUGUCAUAUCACGAGUAAUGUUUAGAACACGACUACGAUCGUUACGAAGGAGACAUGUGCCCAGCAGAUCUUUAUGGAAUCCUCUUCGGUAGGACUAUAUACCAUUACAGUAUUCAAUUCAGCGUAUUUUAGC